UCAGUUAGAGGUAUUAACAUACGCAAAGCAAACAUGGCUGCGCCCACAGGACCGACAAGAUCACAGCCGCCCUCUGCAUUUGAAGGAUUCCCCUUUCCAGUAGCCGGCAGACCACUGGAGGACAGCUCCGGUAAACAGCAGGAGCAGACCGGUGAUGUGAAAAAGAAGCCAUGCAGGGCUUGUACGGACUUUAAAUCGUGGGUGAAAAUGCAGAAGACGCAGGCGACAGCUGCUGCACAGGAGACAAAAGCUGCAGAAUCAGAGCCACUAGAUCCCCAGUGUCCGCUGGACAGGGACGAGCUGGGGCGAAACACUUGGUCCUUUUUGCACACUAUGGCGGCGUAUUACCCGGAUCAUCCAUCUGCCACCCAGCAGCAAGAGAUGGGACAGUUCAUCAGCCUUUUCUCCAAGUUCUUCCCCUGUGAUGAAUGUGCACAAGACCUCAGGGACAGAUUGAAAACCAAUCAGCCAGACACUAGCAGCAGCCACGCUCUCUCGCAGUGGUUCUGUCGUCUUCACAAUGACAUCAACAUCAGGUUGGGAAAGCCUGAGUUUGACUGUUCCCGUGUGGAUGAAAGGUGGAAAGAUGGAUGGAAAGAUGGCUCCUGUGAUUGAGUGAUUGUGCUGAGAGAGAUGUGACAGUUUGGAAAGUCCUGUCGUUGGUGCAAAACACCAUAAAACCGAGCUCAUAUUGUGUUUUUCUUGUUUUGUUUUAAUUUAGUGU